CUAGAUGUUACAGAGCAACAAACAGAUUCUUCAGAGCAAUACUGAGUGGACUUUAUUUAGUUAGCAGGGGACAAAAGUUAGAAGUUUGUAAAAGGUUAGUGAAAUGUUGGCGGUUUCUUUGCUUGUGUGCGCCACGUGUUGGUCCGUCUCUUCGGGUGAGGGCUCGUACAUGGCCCGAGCGCUGAGGCUGAUGUCCGAGACGCCGCUCAUCGAUGGCCACAAUGACCUGCCUUGGCAACUGCGUAAACAAUUCAACAACCAGCUCGACAAAGUGGACCUCAACACUUUGGAAACGACACACACUAAUAUACCAAAGAUUAAGACGGGUCGUCUUGGAGCCCAGUUCUGGUCAGCCUACGUGCCCUGCGAGUCUCAGUACAAAGAUGCCAUCCGGCAAACACUGGAGCAGAUUGAUGUGAUUCACAGGGUGUGUCAGAAAUACCCAAACACAUUCAUGCUCGCCACCAGCAGCCAAGACAUCGUGGAGGCGUUCAGCCACAAUAAGACGGCUAGUCUGAUUGGUGUGGAGGGGGGUCACUCCAUUGACAGCAGUCUUGGGACACUGCGGACCUUGUACCACUUGGGGGUCCGCUAUAUGACACUCACCCACUCCUGCAACACGCCCUGGGCCGAUAACUGGCUUGUAGACACUGGAUCGGAACCGUCCCAACACAAUGGAUUGUCUCCUUUUGGCAAGCGACUAAUUGUCGAAAUGAACCGCAUGGGGAUGCUGAUCGACCUCUCUCAUGUCACUGUAAGCGUGAUGCAGCAGGUGCUGGACAUGUCAAAGGCACCGGUCAUCUUCAGCCACUCCUCCGCCUUCACUGUCUGUCCGCAUAAGAGAAAUGUUCCCGACGAAAUCCUCAAGAGAGUGAAUGAGACCGGAGGGAUCGUCAUGGUCAACUUCUACAACGACUAUGUGACCUGCUCCCACAAGGCCACCCUUGCCAAUGUUGCUGACCAUUUUGAUCACAUAAGGAAAGUGGCUGGAGCUGGCAUCAUUGGUUUUGGUGGGGACUAUGAUGGCGUUGCAAGACUCCCAGAGGGUCUGGAGGAUGUGUCCAAGGUCCCACAUCUGGUGGCUGAGCUGCUCAGAAGAGGGUGGUCCGAUCUUGAGGUUAAAGCCACUCUAGGAAACAACUUGCUUCGUGUACUCAAACGUGCUGAGGAGAAUGCUGGAGGAAGCCAUAGAGCGUGCAAACUCGCACACACCGCCACCUGAGCCAAGACCGAAACACAAGACUUUCUCGACUGUGACAGCCGCCGACUACACUGCUGCCAUGCCUCAUAAAAAUGCAACAUCAUGCAUGACAUUAUUGUAUGGUAGGUGUCUUCCUUAACUCACAAGAAUCAACACUUCACAUUAUGUAACACCCAUGUCUCCAAAAGCAAUAUUCAAGAGGUGUGGAAUCUAUAUUUUUUUGUAUCACUGUCAUAAAAAAGGCAAAUAUUGUCAAGGCUCAGAUUGGUUGGACCCAGAUGCAGAGACGAGAGAAAGCGCGCCGCAGGUGAAAGUGUUAUUUACUGCAAUAUGUAUUUGAAGUAAAACAAAGAGGGGCUCCGAGAGCUUAUUCCAGGAUUCAAAGGAGGACCAGUAUAGCAGGGUUGGAGUCCGGGUUGUCAGUGGGGAGAAGGAGGAGAGUACACACAGAUGGCAGACAUGGGGACAAAGAGCAAGGAUGCAUUACGGAUGUUAUUGUAAAGACUUCAGGAAACAAAGGCAGAAAGCCUGGCCAGGUUACAAACUCCGCAUAGAGCACUGACAGUCUGGUGAUGUCUUGGAGUCCAACUUUGGCUGAAGAGCAGUCUGAUGUCAUGAGCCUGAUCAGAUUCUGCUAGACGAGCACAUCAACUCUACAAAACACCCCUGUCACGCUCACACCCCAGAAUAGCAGGGCUUCAGGGCACCAAAGCGGCAGCCCUGACAGCACCCCCACUCCCACGUGCGCUACCAGGUGCUCGAGCCAAUCGCGGAUCAACGACUUGCUCAGGAUUAGUUGCGCAGAAACCCAACUCUGCUCCACCGGACCACAGCCCUCCCAGUUGACUAGAUACUGGUGGCUGUGGUGAGGUAAAAGGGGAGAGUGACAGGGAGUUUAAGGUGCACGGCGCAUGAAAUCACCAAAGUGUCAAACUCAUCUUCUUCUUUUCCUUUCGGCUUGUCCCGUUCGGGGUCGGCACAGCGUGUCAUCUUUUUCCAUCUUAGCCUAUCUCCUGCAUCUUCCUCUCUAACCCCAACUGCCCUCAUGUCUUCCCUCACCACAUCCAUAAACCUUCUCUUUGGUCUUCCUCUCGCCCUUUUGCCUGGCAGCUCCAUCCUCAGCAUCCUUCUACCAAUAUACUCACUCUCUCGCCUCUGAACAUGUCCGAACCAUUGAAGUCUGCUCUCUCGAAUCUUGUCUCUAAAACAUCCAACUUUGGCUGUCCCUCUAAUGAGCAUAUUUCUAAUCCUAUCCAUCCUGGUCACUCCGAGCAAGAACCUCAACAUCUUCAUUUCUGCUAUCUCCAGUUUUGCUUCCUGUUGUCUCUUCAGUGCCACCGUCUCUAAUCCGUGCAUCAUGGCCGGCCUCACUACUGUUUUGUAAACUUUUUUAUAGACUUUUUAUAGACCUUCAUCCUAGCGGAGACUCUUCUGUCACAUAGAACACCGGACACCUUCCGCCAACUGUUCCACCCCUCUUGGAGCCGUUUUUUUACUUCUUUACCACAUUCUCCAUUGCUCUGGAUUGUUGACCUCAAGUAUUUGAAGUCGUCCACCCUUGCUAUCCCUUCUCCCUGGAGCUUCACUCCUCCUCCUCCUGCGCCUCUCACAUUCUUGCACAUAUAUUCUGUUUUACUUUGGCUAAUCUUCAUUCAAACUCAUAGGGACCUAAACCACACCUUUUGAUCAACAGUGUAAGGUGCAGGGAUGCAGCAAUGGUAGACUUGUACCUGAGACUUGGCAGAGGACUGGAGGAGGGCAACGUGGACUUGCUUCCAGAUCUAGGCUCACUGGCGUAUAUGCUAUUGCACUGACAGGACUGUAAUUUAGGGCUCCUGAGAUGAGAACAGUGGGGGGUUGGUAGUCUAAGGAGCACUGAAAAGGGGACAUGACGAAGGAAGAGUUAGGGAGUGAGUUAUAGACAUACUUGACCCAGGCAAACUGGGAGUUUCACAAGGCGGCAAGAGACUGGAAUAUGCAACAGAGUUCCGUCUCCAUUUGGUGGGCUCACAUUAUCUGUUGGUUUGAUAGACAAACGUUCGACUAACACGUAUACCAAGUGCAGUGCAAAACCUUUUCCAAAAUUGUGAAGUGGAUUGAGGACCCCUGCCAGAGAGUAUAUCAGACAGGAUGCCAUGCAGGUGGAAAACAUAUUGGACCAACAGGUCGCCAGUCUCUGUGACUGAAGGAAGCUUGGGAAAGUACCAAAAAGUGUGCUGCUUUAGAAAACCUGUCAACCACAGUGGAAAAAAAAAAAAAAUUCCAUUUGAUGGGGGAAGUCCAGGGCGAUGUGUGACCAAGGGCGUCUGGGAACGGGACCAAGUAAACUGGAGCAUGGUUUCAAGGAAGUUUAUUUUGAGCGCAUACGUUACUUUCCUCCUUUGGUUCAAAUCUCGGUUGGGCCUUCUUAUAAGUGGCGCUCGUUGAGUUUUUUUUCUGGGCUUCCACUCUUAUUCCCAAAACAUGUUUGCUUGGUUCAUUGAAAGCAAUUAUUUCAGGUGUGAAUAACUAUUUGUGCCUGUGCCCUUUGACAAACUGGAUAAAAAAAAAAACUCAGGGUGAAUCCCACCUCCAAACCAAAGUCAUCCAGCUGCGUUACCAGUAAUGACACGCGGUAUAAAAAAAUUGACAGAUGAAUCUCUGCUUGCUUCCAUCAAGUAGUAACCUAUUGUCUUGUGCUCUGUGUUUUUGCAUCCUUGUCACACUGACUUUGAUUGUUUUUCAGAUCCGUGAUAGCCUGAGCAAGCUGAGCCCAGAUGAUGUCCCCAUCCCGUACGAUGAGGUGAAGAACUCGUGCAGGACGGGUGACGCUUACUCCAACAGUGGCGCUUUUCCCUCACUCAGCAUCACAGCUCUUUUUCUA